GGGGGCGCGCGCCCGCGGCCGUUCCGCGGCCGGAUGUGGCCGCCCGAGCGCCGGAAGCGGCGCGCGCGGGGCGCCGCGGGAGCGUCAGCCCGGCAAGAUGGCGGAGUCUGCAAAUGCCACCCAUGAAGUCAUCAAUGCCACCCUCCACACUCUGCUGGCUGCUACUACCAAGCUGGUGGCACCUACACCUCCCAAACCCAUCCUCCCAGUUCAGACUGGAGUCCAGGCACAGCAAGAGGAACAGUCUAGUGGCAUGACGAUUUUUUUUAGUCUUCUUGUUAUAGCUAUUUGCAUCAUAUUGGUGCAUUUACUGAUAGAAUACCGGCUUCAUUUCUUACCAGAGAGCGUGGCUGUUGUUUCCCUAGGUAUCCUUAUGGGAGCUUUUAUAAAAAUCAUAGAGGCUCAAAAGCUGGCCAACUGGAAGGAAGAAGAAAUGUUUCGUCCAAAUAUGUUUUUUCUGCUUUUGCUUCCACCUAUUAUAUUUGAAUCUGGAUAUUCACUGCACAAGGGUAAUUUUUUUCAGAACAUUGGUUCCAUCAUUCUGUUCUCAGUAUUUGGCACUGCAAUAUCAGCUUUCAUUGUCGGUGGAGGGAUCUAUUUCCUGGGCCGGGCUGAUGUCAUUUAUAAACUCAACAUGACAGACAGUUUUGCGUUCGGCUCUUUAAUAUCUGCAGUUGACCCUGUGGCUACUAUUGCCAUUUUCAAUGCCCUUAAUGUGGAUCCUGUGCUUAACAUGUUGGUUUUUGGAGAAAGUAUUCUCAACGAUGCAGUCUCAAUUGUCCUGACUAACACAGCAGAAGGUUUGACAAGGGAAAAUAUGUCAGAUGUAAGUGGAUGGCAAACCUUUCUACAGGCACUGGGAUACUUUCUCAAGAUGUUCUUUGGCUCUGCAGCACUUGGCACACUUACUGGUCUUAUUUCUGCAUUAGUACUAAAGCACAUUGAUUUAAGGAAGACACCUUCCCUGGAAUUUGGGAUGAUGAUUAUCUUUGCUUACCUUCCUUAUGGACUUGCAGAAGGGAUCUCACUCUCAGGUAUCAUGGCAAUCCUGUUCUCUGGCAUCGUGAUGUCCCACUACACACACCACAACCUGUCCCCAGUGACACAGAUCCUGAUGCAGCAGACACUCAGAACUGUUGCUUUCAUGUGUGAAACGUGUGUUUUUGCAUUUCUUGGCCUGUCAAUUUUUAGUUUUCCUCACAAGUUUGAAAUGUCCUUUGUCAUCUGGUGCAUAGUGCUCGUUCUGUUUGGUAGAGCAGUGAACAUUUUUCCGCUUUCUUACCUACUCAACUUUUUCCGCGAUCAUAAAAUCACUCCCAAAAUGAUGUUUAUCAUGUGGUUUAGUGGCCUGCGUGGGGCCAUUCCCUACGCCCUCAGCCUCCACCUGGGCCUGGAGCCCAUUGAGAAGCGCCAGCUCAUCGGCACCACCACCAUCAUCAUCGUGCUCUUCACCAUCCUGCUGCUGGGAGGGGGCACCAUGCCCCUCAUCCGCCUCGUGGACAUCGAGGACUCCAAACCGCGCAAGAGGAGCAAGAAGGACGUCAAUCUCAGCAAGACAGAGAAGAUGGGAAACACUAUAGAAUCCGAGCAUUUAUCAGAGCUCACAGAGGAGGAAUAUGAAGCCCAGUACAUAAAACGCCAGAACCUGAAAGGGUUUAUGCGGCUUGAUGUCGAGUAUUUGAAUCCUUUCUUCACCAGAAGACUCACACAAGAAGACCUGCACGACGGGCGCAUCCAGAUGAAGACCCUGACCAACAAGUGGUACGAGGAGGUGCGGCAGGGCCCCUCGGGCUCCGAGGACGACGAGCAGGAGCUGCUGCAGCAGAGCGGGGCGGGCGCGCGCUGAGCGGGCGCGGGGAGCCCGCGGGGCUCUGACACUGCACGGGCUGAAGGAGCAGCCCUUGUUCAGCCUCUCUGCACAGCGAAUCCCACACAGCCCGUGGAAAAGCAGACCCUCUGCCAGGAGACCAUGGCGUGGUUAACUGGGGGCUUCCUCCCAUCCCAAAACCUGCUGCGACCACGCGCUGCAGUGCAGGGCCCUCGGGUGGCUCUGCAGAACAGAACGAAUUGCACUUUACCUUUUAUAUAUAUAUACAUAUAUAUAAACACAUUCAUUCACAGCAUGAGGAGUCUGGACAGUUUAUACUGUGAACUUGUUUCAACGCUAGUAAGGGAAUCUGACUGGAAGAAAUGUAUAAUUUGUGGAAUUUGCACAUUUUGAAUGCAGAAAAGAUGCAUACCUUGACAAGAGCAGAUGUUGCACAUACAGGGAAUCACCUCUGAAAAUGCAGUUUCGUGACUUAAGAAAUACUUGAUUUCUGUUUUAUGGGAAUUUUUGGUUUUAUACUAAGGGAUCUAAUCCGCAGUACUGAUUAUAGCAUGGUUUUGGGGAAGUGUGGGCCUGUGACAGCACAGAACUGCAUUUGAAAUUGUAGGUUUUUUUCUCUGGCUAAAGCCAGUUGCAGUUGGAUUUCUGUAAUGGGGAGUUGCUCCUUGCAGGCACUUUGGUUUCAAAUCUUAGAAAUGAGCAGCUUCUGUUUUUCCUAAUUUAUGAAGUGUCCCUAACACUCCAGAAUUUACCAGUUGAAUUUUUAAGAUUCAGUGGAAGCAAAAGCAGCAUGUACAUGAGGAAAAAGAACCUACCAAAUCUAAUCCAGGUACAGGAAGACUCAUCCUGCACGUGGCUGAAGCAGCCUCUGCUGGGAAGUGCCAAACAGCUUCCAUUAAGCUGUCCCAUUUUUCUCUUCUGCUUACACUGUUUCAGAACUUGUGGUAUCACUGCAUUUGUUCUCCAUGGCCCAGUGUUUGCUCAGCGUUGCCAGCACCUGAACGUGUUUGUUGCACGUUUGCCAUGGUGACACAUGCAGCAGUUUGCUCCCACUGCCAAAUUCCUCCUUGGUUAUUUGCAUAUCCACUGUCGGGAUGUGAAUUACAGUUCAGCACCCAAAUCUGACAUGCAAAUGCACAUGUUUGUUUCUGAAGAUGGGAGACUUUGUUUUGGUCUGGUUUUGCGACUGAGUUUUUUAAUCCACUCCUUACCUACUGAGAGAAUAAAAGUUCAAGAAUGCAUUCAGAAUCCCGAA